AUGAGAAAGCUGGACAAUGACAACAUGUCCCCGCCGCGUGCGAUGACCCUGCAGGGCGCCGGGGGUCGCGAGCCGCAGGCGGGGCCCGCCCGGCACCAUGCGCCUCGAAACCCGCCCUCGACACCACGUUUUAUGAAAAACAUAACGCUUAUUAGGCUAUAUCUACAAUUUAUGUGUGUUAUCUCACAUCUGCGCUACACUUCGAUGCCGCGGGUGCGCGCGAACUUAAAUUUUCCAAAGCGUCCUCUAGUGAAAUUAAAAGUGUAUCUAUUCAAAUUUCGAACUAGUGUAUUGAUAAUUAAAUCGUUGUUAGUGAAUACUGUAGUGCAAUUAUUCGUUGUUGCCAAGUGUAGAGUGUGUGUGCGUGUGCGGAAGUGCAGCAGAGGUGCGUGCCUGCUGCUUAUGUUGAGUGGGUUGUGUAAAUACAGUGAUGGGAAGCGUGAUAAUGACCUGCAUAUUGGUGGUAUUUUUCCGAUGGAGGGCGAGGGAGGCUGGCAAGGGGGGCAGGCGUGCAAGCCUGCCGCUGAGUUGGCUCUCGCCGAUGUCAACGCGAGAUCGGAUCUUUUAUCUGGCUUUAAGCUACUUCUACAUAGCAACGAUAGUAAGUGCGAACCUGGGCUUGGUGCGAGUGUCAUGUACAACUUGUUGUACAACCCGCCGCAGAAGUUGCUGCUACUGGCUGGUUGUUCCACCGUGUGCACCACUGUUGCUGAGGCAGCGAAAAUGUGGAAUCUCAUGGUUUUAUGUUACGGUGCAUCUUCACCGGCACUGUCAGACCGAGCGAGAUUCCCCACGCUCUUCCGCACCCAUCCAUCUGCAACAGUGCACAAUCCUACGCGGAUAAAGCUUAUGCAGAAAUUCGGAUGGUCACGCAUUGCGAUAUUACAACAAGCCGAAGAAGUCUUCAUAUCGACCGUCGAAGACCUAGAAGCACACUGCAAGAAGGUAGGAAUAGAAAUAGUAACUCGGCAAUCAUUUUUGUCCGAUCCAAAUGAUGCGGUGCGGAAUCUUCGAAGACAAGACGCAAGGGUCAUCGUCGGCCUCUUCUACGUAGUAGCAGCAAGAAGAGUCCUCUGCGAAGUCUAUAAACACAAACUAUAUGGAAAAUCGCACGUCUGGUUUUUUAUUGGAUGGUAUGAAGAUAACUGGUUUGAGACAAACCUAGAACGAGAAGGUUUAGACUGCACGGCAGAACAAAUGCGGGAGGCAGCCGAGGGUCACCUAACCACUGAAGCGCUGAUGUGGAAUCAAAACGCCAAUCAGACUACAAUAUCCGGAAUGACUUCUGAGGACUUUCGAUCAAGGCUGAAUGAAGCACUACGUGAAGCCGGCUAUAACAUCGACGGGGAGAGAUUUCCGGAGGGGUAUCAAGAGGCCCCCCUAGCCUACGAUGCUGUAUGGUCCGUUGCUUUAGCCUUCAACAAAACAAUGGAAAAAUUAGAGAAGAGCGGUUUAAGCCUGAAGAAUUUCACGUACACUAAUAAGAAAAUUGCGGACGAUAUUUACGAAGCAAUAAACUCUACUUCGUUUCUAGGUGUGUCGGGUCUGGUGGCAUUCUCCUCUCAAGGAGAUCGCAUAGCGCUGACACAGAUAGAGCAGCUGACGGACAACCAUUAUGUGAAGUUGGGAUACUACGACACGCAAGCCGACAACCUCACAUGGCUAGACAGGGAGCGAUGGGUUGGUGGCAAGGUUCCGCCGGAUCGCACGGUGGUCGUGAACGAGUUGCGAACUGUAUCGCUAUCUCUGUUCGCCUGCAUGACGGCGUUAUGUAUUGCUGGAGUUUUGGCGGCCAUAGCUUUAAUAGUCUUCAAUAUCCUUCACAGGCAUAGAAGGGUCAUCCAAUGGUCACAUCCAGCUUGCAACACGGUCAUGCUCUGCGGUUGUUGCAUUUGCUUCGGCGCCGCCAUUGCUCUCGGGGUAGACGGAAGAUGGGUGCUACCGGAGCAUUUCGCCGGAAUCUGCGCCGCAAGGGCUUGGCUGCUGGCAACCGGCUUCUCCAUGGCUUACGGCGCUAUGUUCACAAAAGUUUGGCGCGUCCACCGACACACGACUAAGCCUAAAGUGGAAACAAAGAAACGUAUGCACGGAUGGAAACUGUACACGAUGGUGGGAGGUCUACUCGCGGUGGACAUGGCUUUGUUAACCGCGUGGCAAAUUAGGGACCCGCUGCAGAGGCGUGUCGAGAUAUUCCCCUUGGAAGCACCACGUCACCACGAUGACGACGUCCACAUACGCCCCGAGCUGGAGCACUGCGAGAGUGAGCACAAUACUGUCUGGCUUGGCGUAAUGUACGGCUACAAGGGUUUGGUGUUAGUUUUUGGAUUGUUUCUUGCGUAUGAAACACGUUCCGUGAAGGUGCGACAGAUCAACGACUCUCGUUACGUCGGCAUGAGUAUCUACAACGUGGUGGUUUUAUGUCUCAUAACGGGGCCAGUCACACUCGUCAUUGCAAGUCAACAGGACGCCGCCUUCGCCUUCGUCUCCCUCGCGAUUGUCUUCUGCUGUUUCCUGAGCAUGGCUCUCAUAUUUAUUCCUAAGGUUAUUGAAGUUAUACGACAUCCAACGGAACGUCCAGAAACCGGUCGAGGAUCAGGUUCAGGAUCUGCCCCUGCUGACGAGGAACGUUACCGAGAGCUUGUCAAAGAAAAUGAGGAAUUACAGAAACUAAUUGCACAGAAAGAGGAGCGGAUUCGUGUUCUUAAGCAGAAAUUAGCAGAGCGCGAGGCGGCAGCGGCCGAUGGUGUAACGCAAGGUACGGGCGCAGUGCUCGCAGACCUCGCAACUGCCACUUCUGAUUACGGCACUUCCACCAAUUACACGCGCUCUUCGAGAGCGUCAGUCUCCGACCUUGACUUUUCAGAAAGCUAUCUAUAA